UCCUCUGCAGGGAACAUCGUCGACAGCAGGUUUUCCUUCGUUGAACAUGUGCAGUUUAAAUAGUGAUGGACUGUUGGCUGGCACCUUUUUAAUCAGCAUGUAGCAUGAUGUAUCCAACUUCCUGAUUUAAGCUGUGAGGCUCAACUAAUGGAAACUUGCUCUUAUGACUCCAAUAAGAAUUGCCAUAUUCAAAGUGUGUUAGUUUAAGCACGGAGGACGUAUGAUCGACUGUGUUUUGUGGGCUGAGGUUGAUGUCGUGUUGGAUUAUGUGUUGCAUGUUUGCGUUUAUAAAGAAGGAUGUCGUUUCACGUCAAGGGAUCGGCUGCUACUGUCGUAUUUCUCUUGUUUUUCCUGUAUCCCAUUAUAAACUGGUUUCAAUAUUCAGAAAUAAUUACGGUGAAACCAGUACCCACACGCCCUCGUCCAAUCACGCAGCGUCACUACUCUCACGUCAAGCCCCCAACCAUCCAAUCCAGAGCGCCAGCGCCGCCUGAGGCCCUCGCUGAUUGGUCAGGCAGCCAAACGUUGAUAACAAUGAGAGAGCAAAGAUGUCUUCCAAAAAUGAACGUGGUUUAUUUGAAAACGCACAAGACGGCCAGUUCGACCCUGCAGAACAUUGUGUGCCGUUGGGGUGAGAGGAACAACCUGACCUUCGCCUUGCCGACUACUCGAGUUCACAUCGAGUACCCAAUGACACGGGAAGGGUUGGUGAAGUCCCCAUCUGGAACUUACAAUAUUCUGGCAAAUCAUGCCAGGUUUGAACCAAAAGCAUUUAAUGAUAUCAUGUCGCCAGACUCUGUUUACAUCACAAUUUUGCGCCAUCCGCACCAGCAGUACGAGAGCUACUACAACUACUUCCACUGUCAGGCGCCGAGGGUGUACGGAGCCUCCCUCCACAAAUUCCUUGAAGAUCCCCAACGUUACCUUGACUACGCCAGAAACAGGAAUGUGAAUAAUCCACAGUGCGUAGACGCCAUACGUAAUCCACAACUAUAUGACUUGGGUUUCAACAGCGUCAGACGAGGUGAAAAGUCACCCGCCAGGUCCGCAACAGUUGAUGAAUGGAUCGUUGUGCUGAACAAGUCUUUCGAUCUCGUUCUGAUUGCAGACUAUUUCACUGAAUCCCUAGUUGCACUAAAGCAUACCAUGUGUUGGGAAACUGAAGACGUUGUUGUCUUCGACGUGAACCGGCGACUUCCUUCCGCUACACCGUCAGAGACCCAUCAGAUUGAAUAUCUGCCCAAAUUGAUCGAAAGCUGGAACGCGGGAGACGUGAAACUGUACCAGCACUUCAACCGAACUCUCUGGAGACGGCUUGACCUGAUUGGUCGGAGCGCCGUGGCCCGCGAAAUUGCAGCCAUUCAAAAGAGGACUCACGAACUAGUCGAUAGGUGUCUUGACAACAUAGAGUGGAUAUCAGACACGGAGUAUCGCACUAAGACUGCGUACCAAACGCCACUGAAAAACAUCGUUGCAAGUUACACCUUGAAGUCAGGAAUGCGAAACGACCCGCUCUGUCAGAGAUUGGCGCUGACCGCGCCCAAUUAUUUGGACUUCUUACGCCGAAAAAUGAAGAGAGAAGUUUGACUUGAACAUGCAGGGUAUGCACGUGUAUCGACACGAUGUACUGAUAUAAACGCGAGCGCGUUCGCCAGGCGCUGUUCUAGAGCCAAUUUUUUUUUUUU